CACUUUACAGGUGGAGCAGCACAAAUUGGAGGAGUUCAAUUAGCCACAAUUAAAAAUGAAGUCGAUGGUACAUUCAGUCUCAGUGAAUUGCGAAACAAGAUUCGUUAUGACGAUUGCCAUGAGCCCAUCACUUGCUUGGUAUCAGUCGAGAACACACAUAACAUGUGCGGAGGCAAAGUACUGCCACUUGAGUGGCUAAAUGAGCUAGUGAAAGUUGUCAAAGAUCCUGCUGCAACUCACAGUCCGAUAGCAUUGCACAUGGAUGGAGCACGUAUCUUCAAUGCAGCAGCGGCACUGAAAAUACCAGUGGCGCGUAUAACGCGUGAUUUUGAUUCCGUUUGCUACUGCUUGAGUAAAGGACUUUCAGCACCAGUGGGUUCAGUGUUAAUGGGCUCAAAAGCUUUUAUUGCAAAAGCACACCGUUUGCGCAAGGCUUUGGGCGGUGGCAUGCGUCAAGCUGGUAUUUUGGCUGCCGCUGGUUUAGUGGGACUUGAGACAGUUGUGCCACGCUUGAGUGGUGAUCAUCAAAGGACAAAACGUGUAGCUGAAGCUGUGCACAAUUUGAAAAGUCCAAACUUCACCGUUGAUCUACCAAAUGUACAGACCAACAUUCUUCUAAUUGAUAUAUUGAAUCCGAAAUUAUCCUCAAAUGAAUUUUGUUCACGUUUGAAGGAGAUAAAACCUGAGGAAUUGGAGCAAGGUGUCACCUCAGAUGAGGCUGGAAAAGUGGGUAUUGUUGUGCAGAUGAGUUCCCGCAAUUGGAAAUACGCACGUGCUGUAUUUUAUCACCAGAAUACGGAUAAGGAUAUUGAUAUGCUUAUCAAAAAGCUGACAUAUGUCAUCAAAGAAUUUGAUUCCAGUCUCACUGCUUAAGUUCAGUAUUGAAUGCAAAAUUUUUAACAUUAAAAAAUGUAUUAAAAAUUGUAACUUGUAUCUAAUUUUAAUAAAUUUUGCAUUAAAAAUU